AUGGUCAGAACUAGAGCAACAUGUGUGACAACACCAACACCGGCAAGACAGGGUACGCCUGAGCCAACCGUUGAGGCUGCAGCUCGAAGAGGAGCAGUGGCAAGAGACCGUGGUAGAGGUCGCGGGAGAAGGCCCAUUAGAGGCAGAGGACAAACAACUGGUCCAGCUAGGGAUAGAGUAGUGACUCAUCCACCGACUGACGAGGUAGUGAGAGAGAGUGAUGAAGGGGAAGAUGAGCAGAUUAAAGAGAAGGAAGUACCACCCCUGCCUACUCCAGAGAUGAUUAAUCAGGUUCUCACUUAUCUUAGCGGGUUAUCUGAUCAGGGGCAGGCACCCCCAAUAUUUUCUUCACUAGCACCUCAAGUUCAGGGAGUACAACAUGCAGCCGAUGUGGCUCCUCGCAUGGAUGCGUCGUUGGAAACAGGCACGUUUCCCCGAUUGACUACAGGGCCUAUAAUGACUAGUGACCAGCAUGAUCUCUUUAUUAAGUUCUUGAAGCUAAAACCUCCAGUUUCCAAGGGUGCUAAAUCUGAAGAUGCUUAUGAUUUCUUGGUGGAUUGUCAUGAGUUGUUACAUAAGAUGGACAUAGUGGAGCGAUUCGGUGUUGAGUUUGUGACCUACCAGUUUCAAGGGGAUGCCAAAAUGUGGUGGUGGUCUCAUGUGGAGUGUCGACCAGCAAAGGCACCACCUAUGACUUGGACAACAUUUUCUAGCUUAUUUUUGGAGAAGUACAUACCCCGGACUUUGAGGGACAGAAGGAGAGAUGAGUUCCUGAACAUAGAGCAAGGAAGGAUGUCUGUUGCAGCUUAUGAGGCUAAAUUUCAUGCGUUAUCUAGGUAUGCCACUCAACUUUGCUUCAGUCCGCAAGAGCGGAUUCGCCGCUUUGUAAAGGGAUUGAGGUCAGAUUUGAAGAUCCCAGCUUUACAGGUAGCUGCUUCUGCAGAAUCUUUUCAGGAAGUGAUUGAUUUUGUGAUAGAGGUAGAACGGGUGAAGCCGGAUGACUUCACCAAGGUGUCAACAGUUAAAAAGUUUCAUAAGGGAGGUGAGUUUAGAGGUUCGUACUCCAGAGGGCAGAGUUCAGAGGGCUAUCCACCCCGUCCUAUUCAGUCUUCAUUGCAGGCUUCAGUUGAGGGUCCGUUACGGACCAGUCAACCUUUUUCUGAGUUUGGGGGUUACCUCCAGUCUUCUUCGUCUUCACAGAGACCUACACUCGACUUUAGGACUUGUUAUGGAUGUGGAGAGGCUGAACAUAUCAAGAAAUAUUGUUCAAAGCAGAGUCAGGCUCGGGACGAUCAGAGUUACAGAUCCCCAGCAGUUAGAGGUAGAGGUGGUGAUGGUAGAAGCGGUCAUUCUGGAGAACGUGGUGGCCAAGGUAAUGGUGGUCACCAGUUCAACCGGGGUGGCGGGCAGGUUGGAACUACUGGAGCACAGCCCGACAGAGGCAAUGGACAGACAGGUGAUAGGGCCUAUUGUUAUGCUUUCCCCGGAAGGUCAGAGGCAGAGACAUCUGAUGCUGUUAUCACAAGUACUCUUCUGGUCUGUGAUCGCAUGGCUUCUAUAUUGUUUAAUCCUGGAUCCACAUUUUCUUAUGUAUCUUCCUCGUUCGCUACUGGUCUUGAUUUGCAUUGUGAUUUGCUUGACAUGCCUAUUCGUGUCUCUACUCUUGUUGGUGAGUUUGUGAUAGUGCAAAAGGUGUAUAGGUCUUGCCUUGUGACUUUUGUGGGGGGCGAGACUUAUGUAGAUCUGAUUAUUCUAGAGAUGGUUGAUUUUGAUAUUGUGACCUUGGCCAAGCCUGGGAUAGAUCCACUAGUGUGGGAGGGUGACUAUAUUCCCGCCCCAGUUCGUAUUAUCUCUUGUCUUCGUGCUAAGAGGUUGGUGAGUAAGGGUUGUUUAGCCUUCUUGGCACAUCUCGGGGAUGAUACUUCCAAAGUGCCUUCAAUCGAGUCUGUUUUGAUAGUCCGUGAGUUUACAUAUGUUUUUCCUUCCGACCUACCUGGUAUGCCACCAGAUAGAGAUAUUGAUUUUUGUAUUGACUUUGAGCCGGGGACACGCCCCAUUUCCAUUCCACCUUAUAGAAUGGCCCCAGUUGAGUUAAGGGAGUUAAAGGCCCAACUUCAGGAAUUGUUAGGUAAAGGUUUUAUUAGACCGAGUACAUCUCCUUGGGAUGCUCCAGUUUUAUUUGUCAAGAAGAAGGAUCGUAGUUUUCGGAUGUGCAUAGACUACAUGCAGCUAAAUAAGGUAACUAUUAAGAACAAGUACCCCAUUCCUCGCAUUGAUGACUUGUUCGAUCAGUUACAGGGUGCUUGCGUCUUCUCUAAAAUUGAUUUGAGGUCCGGUUGUCAUCAAUUGAAAAUGCAGGCAACGGACGUGCCAAAGACUGCUUUUGAACCAGACCUCUUUGUUAAUGUAUUCAUUGAUGAUAUCCCGAUAUACUCGAAGAGCAGUAGGGAACACGAGGAGCAUUUGAGAAUUGUAUUGGGGGUGUUGAGGGAGAAAAAACUUUAUGCCAAAUUCUCCAAGUGUGAGUUUUGGCUCGAUUCAGUGUCCUUCUUAGGGCACGUGGUUUCUAAGGAUGGAGUGAUGAGAUUCUCUUCCAUUGCUUUCCAGUUAACCCAUUUGACCAAGCAGAAUGUUCCAUCUGUAUGGUCGAAUGAGUGUGAAGAAAGCUUCCUGAAACUCAAGACCUUGUUGACUACUGCACCAAUUCUUGCCUUGCCCGUGGAAGUGCUAAUGCAGGAGAGGAAUGUAAAUGCCUAUGCUUCAAGGAAAUUGAAAGUGAAUGAACGUAACUAUCCAACCCAUGAUUUAGAGUUGGCUGCAGUUGUAUUUGCAUUGAAGCAGUGGAGGCAUUAUCUAUAUGGGGCUAAUGUUGUGACAGAUGCCUUAAGUAGAAAAGCAGGGAGCAUGGGUAGUUUAGCCCACUUACAGGUUUCUAGAUGCCCAUUGGCUAGAGAGGUGCAAACUUUGGCUAAUGACUUUAUGAGGCUGGAAAUACUUGAAAAAGGAGGAUUCUUGGCCUGUGUGGAGGCAAAAUCUUCUUUUGUUGACAAGAUUAAGGGAAAGCAGUUUGAGGAUGAGAAGCUGAGUCGAAUUCGAGAUAUGGUGUUGCGGGGAGAGGCUAAGAAGGUUGUGAUUAAUGGGGAAGGCGUCUUGAGAAUUAAGGGGCGGGUGUGUGUGCCCCGUGUUGAUGACUUGACUCAUACUAUUUUUGCAGAGGCUCAUAGUUCGAGGUUAACUAAGUCUGCUCACUUCGUUCCGGUCAAGAUGCCAUACAAUGCAGAGAAAUUAGACAAACUCUAUAUCCGUGAGAUUGUUCGAUUGCAUGGAGUUCCAAUUUCUAUCAUAUCAGAUAGAGGACCUUGCAUGCUGAAUUAG